CCAGGGCGGAGGUUGGACUGCGGGGAGCGGCUCCUGAGUCGUCCCCGUCCCCCCCCAACUCCCCUUGCCUGCCUCUGCCCCGCUGGGCGGGUGGGGGAGCGCCGACCGACUCUCCAGAAGCUCCUGGAGGCCGGACGGUGCCGAGAAAGAAGCCGGCGGGUCGUUUGGUGGGGAUGUGGCAGACUCUGGCCCUGGGCUUGGUCUUCUUCCCGGCUUUCUUCGCCGCUUCCAUCCGUAGCCUGCGGUGGCUCGUUCCGGCAUGGAGCCUCAAGGACCGGAUCCUUCUCAGCGGCAGGCUGGUUUCCUCCAUCCAAGCCACCAUGGCCACCCUCUCGGGCCUGGUUGUUAUUUUCAGCUGCAGAGACGUGGUAAACGACAGGUCCAUCGCUGACCGAGACAAUCGCAAACUCUUCCUCCCCCUCCCUCCGUCUCCCUCUUUCUCUCUCCAGCAUCUGCGAGGUGAACGAGGAGAUUUUUUCGUGGGCUGCAUCUUCACGGCCGAGCUUAGCACCCCGUUCGUAUCACUGGGGAAGACCCUGAUGCAGCUGAAAAUGCAAGAUUCCCUCCUGCAUAAGAUCAACGGGAUCCUCAUCUUGGUUACGUUCUUCCUCUGCCGGAUCCUCCUUUUCCCAUACAUGUACUGGGCUUACGGGCAACAGAUGAAUAUUCCUAUUUACAAGGUGCCCUUUCACAUCCCUCUGCAUUGCAAUGUGGCCAACGCCUUCCUGAUUGCGCCCCAGAUGUACUGGUUCGCUCUCAUCUGUCGCAAAGCGAUGCGGCUCUAUAGUAAUUCGCCAGCUCCGGAUCGAACACGAUAGCAGAAAAAAAAAACCCACCUCAACAUCUCCUUUGGAAACAACCUGCCUCGUUUUACCAGAUUGGGGGAUUUGUGGGGAGGCGCCAUUUCAGAACCGGCUGCCGUUCUUCCCAGCCAAGAUGGAAAACCGUGAAUCACCUCCGGAGAGGUGCCUUCGUGGUUGCCAAAACAAUCACUAGUCUUGAGGUUGUAUGCUUCUCAAGCCUCCCUGUAUCCAUGCCCAGUGAUGGCAGCGGUGUUCCAGAUGUGACUAGGUGUUGAAAGUGAAACCUGAGACUUGGGGCUGCGCAGCCCCGGAGGCCGUGAGAAUUCAGCAAAUCCGUCCUUUUGCCCUGAGAUCUUCAGUUGGCGGUUUUGGGCAAAGAACGGUUAAAGAGCACCAUGCAGACUGAUCUACAUGUCUUUCGUUGAUCGUCCCUCAUCAGAAUGUGCCCUGAUCUUUUCACUUCCUCACCUUAAAAAAUUGCCUGCCACCCUUUCCACCUUCAGGGGUGUCAAACUGGCAGCCUGCGGGCUGGAUGCGUCAUGCGCAGGUCACGUCCACCCCAGCUCCGCGAAGGGAAAAAAUGUCGUGAAACGUCACACGACGGCAACAUGACGUGGCGAGUUUGACAUCCGUGUCCUAAACUUUCUUCCAUAUGUUCUCCGUUGUACCAGUUUACUGCUGGUGAAAUAUGGAUAGUCUUAUUUGGACAUCUUGAUGACCACCUUGACUUCACCGAAAGUGCUGAGGGAUUGCUCCUGGAAAGUUUCAGCAUCCCGUUUGUUUUUUCUUAAAAGUACAUCUUAACAUUCUUGUGUUUCUUGUUUGUAAGGAUAACCAUGCCCAGCAAAAUAAUGGACGCUGGAGAGACAUGGAAUCCUCUUUUCCCCAAAUUGUGGGAAGAUUCUUGGUUCAAAUAGACAAUACUGCAGAAUGUUGCGUUUUUAACAUUUUUUUUUGUAACCUUCCAAGUUUUCUUUCGAUGCACAAUAUGGAAAACUUGGCUGACGUCAAAGUCAUUUCGGAACAGGUACCAUCUUUUGAGGCGGGUAACCGGAUCGUGAUUCAAGAAGACGAGCUGAAGAAGAUAAGAUUUAAGAAGAUGUUUGGUGCUCCGUGUGUGUGACACAUGUAAAAAUCAAUGAAACUUCAACAGUGGCAUUUCCGCUGCCAUCUUGAUUUUUUUCUGACUUUGCAGAUAUUCAAGCAGAGAAAGGAAGGAAAAUUGAGGCAGUGAUUUGAUGAAUCAGAACUUACUGAGGAUGGACCGAACCGGCUGUUCUGAUCUGAAAGGAUUCUCGUAAGAUUCUGUUCUGACCCGGCUUCCAAACACAACAAACCCUCUGUAGUUAAAUUGAUGAUUCCUUUUUGCCUAGG